GUUCCUUUCCAAUCCUUAACCAUCACGGCUCUCUGCAGCUCAUGGCAUGCGCUCCGUUGUUCCAUUGCCAGACCACCCAGAGUUGGUCAUAACACACAGCAAUGCUUGGUCAGAAUAUCGAGUACAAAACAUUCGCUUGUGGAAAAAAGCCGACUCCACCGCACAGACUGUCGUUGAAUGCUUUUGGGCAGACACGAUCGUGUGCCUAGGGCUCUCCAUGUUAUGGCCUAUCCUUUCUGGGCGUAAUGCAUGCAAGGCUGGACUAGCUGUCAUGGUUGUUCUUUACGCCUACAGCAGAUGUACACGGGUUUUAUGGGAGUCUGUCGUGAUUCUUCAUUCCCUCGGCCUGCAGCUCGAGACACAGAGAGGACUACCUCUCGUACCGCUGUUCACGUCGCGCAGGUUCAUACCUUUGACUUCGCUGCGCGACUUCGUCAUCAACGAGGGUUUGCGAGGCUGGUCUGUCCAUUACUAUCUAGCUGUAAUGCAGCAAUCAUCCAAUGGAAACGUCACGAUCGAUGUUCCAUUCCAGAACAUCAUGCCGCGAUUCCCUGUUCUUCUCGAAAUAUACCACGGAGUGCACGAGCUCCUAUUCGACAGCCCUACAAGUAGCAUAUCACAAACAUGCAACAUAUAA